AUGGAGGAGGAGGAGAAGGCGGCAGCGGCGGAUAGAAGAGUCCCAGCCGACCGGAGCGCCAAAGGAGGAAGGCGGUCUUCAACCGGCCAGGUUGUGCCUGACGGGCGGGAGGGGGCUGUGGCCGGGGCCCUGCUGCGGCCCAAGAGGGAUCCCGGGCUCCCCCAGUCCCCCUUGCCGGCCCCCGUGGAUCGCAGCACAGAGCCCAGCCCUCCCCGGGACGACGCCAUCAUCCUGCGGCUGAAGUUCCUGAACGACACGGAGCGCCUGGCUCGGGUCCGCCCCGAGGACACAGUUGGCACCUUGAAGAGGGCCCACUUCCCAGGCCAGGAGCAGCUGGUGCGUCUCAUCUACCAGGGACAGCUCCUUCGGGACGACUCGCAGACGCUGGCGGCCUUGCAUCUCACGCACAACAGUGUGGUGCACUGCCACAUUUCACAGCACAGGCCGGGCGUGGUGCCUGCCGGGGUGCCUCCUGGUGCUGCCCAUGUGGAUGCCACCCAUGCUGCACUCAACAUGGGCAGCCUGAUGGUGCCCCUCUUUGUCCUGAUGUUGGGCACCCUCUGGUACUUCCAGCUCCAGUACCGCCACGUGUUCACUGCCACUGCCACCACGUGCCUAGCGGGCCUCACCCUCGUCUUCAGCUUUGUGGCCUUUGCUAUGUACCGCAGAUAGUGCCUGGUUCUGCCUCCGUGGGCUAAGGGCCACUGGCAGCUGCCGUCUGGAAUGGUGGUCUGGGCGUUUCCGGGCCAGGACUUGGUGCCGGUCUGCAACAGAAGGACAGCCCCUGCAGAGAGCUUCCCCUUGCUGCAAGCCGCCUGCAGCAAUAACGACAACAACAGAUACACACAUACACCACAGACCUUUGCUGGGAUUUUGGCCAGCUCUGAGUGUGGCCCUCAUCUGUCUUAAGUGGUGAUCCUGUCAUCUUAGGGCCGCUGUUCCCUCAGCGCCUCCAGGGGGCGCUUGUGCCAGUCCUCCAUACACCCUGCCGCCCUGCCACCCCUGGCCUUGCGAAGACAGCUUGCUUCUUCCACGUAUGUUCUCCUUGCCCUCGGAGAGCAGCUGGCGGGGCAGUGGCAAAAGAUGCUCUUGCACACAAAUGGCCACUGGGGCUCCUUCUGUCCAUCAGCCUUGGCUACCUAAAGGGAGUAAGCCGGGGUUGACGGAAUCUGGGUGUAACGGGGGGGGGUGUCUAUGCCCCUGGGUAUGAUGUAGCAAUGGUUACCCCCCCUUCAUAUUCCCUGAGAGGGAGAGGCCAUGCCUGAUUAAUGCUUAUUUGAACAUUAAAAGAAAGCUGUGAAGGCC